AUGAAUGAUGCAAAUGGCGUCGAUAGCUUGGCCACAUUAAAAGAAAUUGUUAUUGACAAUGAAGAAUUGAAGAUACUAAUCCCUCAGUUGGGUAAACGAAUUAAAUUAAAAACCAAGUUGCUCGAACAUCAGACAGUUGCUCAAACCUAUGAAGAACCCAUUGAUUGGCAAUUAGACACAGAAAGUACCUCGGAAAGUACCCAAUCAAAUAAAAUAUUAAUUUUGGAUUUAAAUAACCAGCCUCAACCAGAGUCACAUGAUUACACAGUUGUACCAGUUUAUUCAUCUACUCCCUCUCAUUCAAGGCUUUCCUCUCAAGAGGAUUUGUCCUCAGCAAUUAAUGAAUGUGUAUCAAAUUUAAAUUUGCAUGAAUUAUUAGAAAAAAGUACUACAGGAAAAGCCAUAAAGGAGCUAUACAAUAUUAAAAAAACUUUAAAUAGUAAAUGUCAAUCAUAUUUGGUAGAAAUCAUUGUUCAGCACUUUAUGAAUGCUGAGCCAUUCAGAAGAUUAAGUAAUCAAGAUUUUCGAAUUUUAUCGCAAAAAAUUGUAAGUGAAUUUCCAAAUGAACUACCUCAAGUAUAUUUUGCUUCUCCAAUAAAGAAAAGGAAUUCGCGAGAAAAGAAAAGUGGUAUAGCUCGAGGCAAAUUGGUGGACAAAUACAGGAAUAGACUAACAUUUUUAAGAGAAGCUGGUAUUUUAUCUUCAUCUAGAAGACCAUCUGAAAGUAAUGAAAAUUUUUUGCAAAACGUUACUUCAGACAGUAUUGAUGACGAUGACGAGAACAAGAAAAAUAUUAUUUGGCUAAGAAAUAAUCAAGUGCCAUGGAGUGAUGUGGUUGAGAAAUGGACUAGCACUUAUGAGUACCGACAAGGGUUGCUUAGACAAGAAGAUCUGGACUUCAAGGAUAUUUUAGGGUUGUUCCCAAUCAUACAAAACCCAUUAGGGCACCAUUUAAUAGAUUUUGAUUUUAAAAAAAAAUAUCCCAAGCAGUACCAAGCCCUCUAUAACAAUUUUGAAAUAGUAUUCUCUAAACUACUACAGUUGAAGAAAAAAAACCUAAACCAGAGCGACACUCUACUGGUAGAAAUUAUUAAAUCUGAGAAUAUAGAUGUUGAAUCUCGUCAUUAUUUAAUGCUUAGUUUAUUAGCAGCACUACUGCCAACCAGAACAUAUAACAAAAAGGCAAAAAACACUUGGUAUCCAACUUCAACUGAAACUGUUAGUGGAAUAGUUGUUCAGAUAAAGAUUCCCGGAGACAUUGAAAAUAUAAUUGCCGAGAAGCGCAAGAAAUUGGAAAAAUAUGGUUUGCCAUUAUUACCAUUCAUCAUAAUUGAGGGUAUUUCAUACACUAACAUAAACAACAUUUACGUAAGCUAUAACAAUAUCUUGUAUCAUGUAGUUUCAGUUUUAAAAGCUGUUGAUGUUUGCUUUGAACUGAUUCAUACAUUUAAUUUAAAGUAUCCUUAUGAAUGUGAGCAUGUAUGGAUGUUUAUACAGUUGGGAAUGUAUAAUAUAAAAACAAUGUAUGAUAAAAUCCCAAACAUAUUAGAUAUAGUAAAUAAGAUCAGCUCUUCUGAUUGAAAUAAUCGAUUAAUUAAAAAUGAACUGCAAAAAUUGUAGCAAAGUGUUUGCCAAAAACCAAAGUUUUAUUACUCAUAUGACAAUUGCUCAUCGAUUUGUAAGUUCAUUUUCAUGUUGCUAUGUCAAUUGCAACCGAAAUUUUAGUUCUUUAUCAUCACUUAAAAAACAUAUACAAAGUUUUCAUGAUGAUAGUAAAUUUUGCGAAUUCAACGUAUCUGUAUCUAACAAAAAGAUAUUUGAAUCAAACUUAACCUUAAAUAAUAUGCAACUCGCUAAUAAUAAUGAACAAAAUCUUAACAUUGAGGAGAAAUUGCCCAACAAACCAGAAAAUUUAAAAAAUAUUGUUGAAAUGCUUAUACUAAAAUUUACAAGUAAAUUGUAUAGUAAUAACUUAAUUAAUCGUUCAAUAGUACAAGAAACGUUCAACAAUACCUCCGAAUUAUUAAGAAGUAUAUUUUCGAAAUUACUAGAAAAGUUAGAUUCCCCAUCUAUAAUUUUUUCAGAUAACGCAGAAUACAAUGAAUUAGUUUCUCUUUUAUCAGGUAAUUUAUUUGCAUCAACAAAUUCAGAAUACAAACGUUUUCAGCUUUUGGAAAAAUUUGACUUCCUAAUCAAGCCCAGAUCAUUUUUUAUUGGAAAUAUGAUAGAUAAUAAAAGUUCUUCUUCUGCCACUUCUUCAAUUCUCAAUGUUAAACCAUGUGAAGGUCAAAUUGUUCCACUAAGAAUUGUACUUCAAAAAUUUUUAGAAAUACCUAACGUUUUAAAAGAAAUGUUGCAUUUUAUCGAAACUGAAGAGGCUAAUUUAAAUCAACUAUCCAGCAUAUUUAACAGUAAUUUGUGGAAAUCACUUAAAGAUAAAUACAAGGAUAAAAUAAUCUUACCAUUGCUUAUGUACUUCGAUGAUUUCGAAACUGGUAAUCCGCUAGGUACUCAAGCGGGAGUUCAUAAGUUAGGUGGAAUAUAUAUUUCUUUUGCAGCUGUAAAUCCAAAAUUUGCGUCACGAUUAGAAAAUGUUUUUCUAUGGGGGUUAUUUUACUCUUCUGACAGGGUAAAAUUUUCUAAUGAAAAUGUGUUUAGACCUUUUAUUGAUGAAUUAAAAUUUUUAGAAUCCGAAGGAAUUACUAUUAAUAAUCAAAAAAUUUAUUUUAUAAUGCCCUUGUUAUUGGGAGAUAAUCUAGGUAUAAAUUCAAUGAUUGGCAUGACUGAGAGCUUUUCUUCUAAUCAUUUUUGUCGAGCUUGUUUUUCUCACAAAAAUAUCACACAGAAUAUGACAAAAGAAGAUCCAAAUACACUUAGAGAUAGACACAACUAUGAUGUACAUGUACAAGAAAAAAGCCAUGGCAUUAAAAGUAACUGUAUGUGGAAUGAUUUGCCAUUCUUUCACAAUACAGAAAAUAUACACUUUGAUAUCAUGCAUGAUUUGUAUGAAGGUGUGUGUCGUUAUGACUUUGGUAAGAUAUUGAAAAACUUAAUAUAUGAAAAGAAAUACUUUACUAUUGAUAUACUUAAUAACCGCAUACGUUUUUUUAAUCAUUCUGCAAUUGAUGUUGGUAAUAAGAUACCACCAAUUCCUUUAAGUCAAGUAGAAAAAGAAUUUAUAAUAAUGUCAGCAUCAGAGAUGCAUGGCUUUGUUACUUAUUUUUCUUUUAUAAUAGGUGAUUUAGUAGACACCUCCGAAGAAAUAUGGCAUUUUUAUUUAUUACUUUUUAAUAUUGUACAUAUUGCUUCAAAGAAUACAACUACCAAAAGUGAAUUAAUAUAUUUUCAAAGUUUAGUAAAUGAACAUCACGAACUUUAUAUUUCUCUUUUUGAUGGAAAAUUGACACCAAAGUUUCACUUUUUAACACAUUACUCGAGAAUUAUCCAAAACGUAGGACCUCUUUCAAGGGUUUCUUCUAUUCGGUACGAAGCUUUCCAUAGAAUAAGUAAGUCUAACAGUAAUGUAGUCUCUUCACGGAAAAAUCUUCCAUAUACUUUGGCUCUUAAGCAUCAGUUAAAACUAGCUUACAGAUUAAUUUUAAACCAGGGCUUUUCUGACAAUUUCGAAGCAGGUACGCAUAUAUCUAGUCUUGGCGGAAAAGAGAUCCAACUUUUUCAAAGUGUACCAAAUAUAAAAGAUUACUCUAUUGUAAAUUGGAUUAAAGUAAAUGGAAUUACAUAUACAAAAGGACUAGUUUUUCAGAUUAAGCGUGAUUUAUACGGCGAACCAAUAUUUGGAUUGAUUGAAAAUGUAAUCUACAAUGAGGAACAACUAAUUUACCUGAUUUUUAAAGAGAUCGUUUGUUAUGGAAUUGAUAAGCAUUAUGAGGCAUAUCAUGUUGAACUUAUUCUAACUGAAAUAAAUAUUAUUGCUUUGAACAAUAUUUAUUGGCCUUUUCUUACACAUAUUCAUACUAUUGGCACUGGGCAUAAAUACAUUUCUUGUAUGAAUCAGGAAAUGUAAGUAAUGUAAGAAAUGUAAGAUUUUGUUAAUUUUUCAGUAAAUUUUUUAGUUAAUAAAAAUAAAAUUACCGAGUUGCGUAUUUUUAUAAUGCUAUAAUUAAGAACAAAUAAAAUUUCAUUUGUAGACAUGAAAUUUGUUUUUUUUUCUUUGCUGUUUACGAACUAAACAAAAGUAUACUAGGGAAUAUUUUUAUUUUGUAUUUAUUUUUAUUUUGUUAAUCAAAAAUAUUUCAGUUAAGUUAAAAUGUACGUAUACAUAUUAGUUCCAAAUUGUUAAUUUAUUCGUAAAAAAUAAAAAAAGUUAAAAAAGUAAACAAGUUUAUUAAUUAUUCUACAGAUGCCCAUAACUCUGAG